UGUACCUCCGGCUCAGUCGGUCAUCAUUUUAUUUGAGACAGACAGGAAGUGUCAUCAUCAACAUCAUGAAUCUGUGGCUCCGGGCUCACUUCCUGCUGGCUGGGUUGAUUCUUUGCAGUUCGGCACCAACUCAGGACGAAUGUGAAACACUGCUCCAACCUGUGUCCCUGAAGAAUAUUGCCAAGUUUUAUGGCAGGUUUAACAUCAUCACUGUUUUCGCUGAAGGAGUGUAUGACAAAAUCAUGUCCUCCAUGGAGAGCUCCUGGAUCAACAACACUGCUGGGACGUUGGACGGUGUGGAGGCACUGGCGAUGAGUGAGGUGAACAAGAUAAACGGAAAAUGUUUCAGUGCAAAGAGCACAAUGAAAUUGGUCGAAGACAAGGUGUUGGCAGAGUAUGCUAACAUCACCACAUCCUUCCACGUCCUGCCGGGCAGUGAAGAUGUCAUGGUAUUCAGUUGCAAUAGUACUUUUUCAGGAGACAUUGAUGGCCUACUCCAAUUUCUGAACUUGGAUGUCCUUGGCUCACCACCAGAGGGCGUUAUCCGCUCGCUCUAUCUAAUGAGUCACCACACGACAGUGAAGGACUCGGACCUGAAGCAAUUUAAGCAGCAGGCGAGCUGCCUCGGGUUUCAAGGAGAACCUGUGUUCCAGUACGACCCAAAGAACGGUUUCUGCUCUGAGGAUGAAACUAUCAAAGUGGAGUUCUGAAGAGACGUGCAGCCAUGUUAGCUAACGCUUCUAAUGAUUAUUGUCAAUAAAAGCUUGAUGGAUAUCA